AUGUCUAGCUCUAUUCUCGAAUCGUUUUCUCUGAAAGACAAGACCGUGGUUAUCACGGGUGCUACAGGAGGAAUUGGACUUGAAAUUUCCAUAGCGCUGGCGGAGGCUGGUGCCAAUAUUAUUUCCAUUGAGAUACCCCAAGAUCCGUCAAGCCCAGAGUUACGUCGUGCCAUCGAGGCAACGGACCGUCAUAUCACUGUGUUUGAGUGCAAUCUCAAGGAUCACCAGUCCAUUCAGGACACCUUUGCUGCCAUCUGGGAGUCCGGUGUUGUUCCGGAUGUUUUGGUCAACUGCGCCGGCAUUACCAGACAUAUGCUGAUUGAGGAUACGCCUGUCCAAGACCUGGACGAUGUGAUGUCUAUUAACUUUCGAGGGACCUAUCUAUGUAUUCAAGAGUUUGGAAGAGAGCUGCUUCGCCUGAAGCGACCAGGGAAGAUUAUUAACUUUGCCUCUAUCGCCUCUUUCCUUGCCCAGACAAAUAUUUCGGCGUAUUGCAGUAGCAAGGCUGCUGUCCAGAAUCUGACGAGAGCUGUUAGCAACGAGUGGGCUGGCCGGGGUAUAACCUGUAAUGCCAUUUGUCCAGGCUUCAUUCAUACCAAGAUGUGCGAGGAUUUGUACACCGAUAAGGACUUUUCUGCCAGGAUCGUGGCGAGAACAUCCAUGGGCCGAUGGGGAGAGCCACAGGACUUGCGCGGUCUAGCUGUCUUCCUUGCGAGUCGUGCUAGUGAUUUCAUCACUGGGGAGAGCAUCUACAUUGACGGUGGCAUCAUGGGUCGGUAG